UACCUCCCGAAAGAACAAAGAAAAUAGAGAAAGGUUCCAAAAUUUGUUUCUCUUGGGUCAUCUCUUCUCUCUCCUCUUCUCCUCCCCUCUCCGUCUCUCUUCUCUGUUAAUCCCGAUCCAUCCAUGGGAGGGUAGAGCAAAAAAAGCUUUCAUCUCUUCCUUUAAUGUCGUUUUCGAUUAUGCAAACACCUAAUUCUUCAAUCCAUUUGAAAACCUAAACCCUCUUAAAUCUUCCUUUUUCGAAAUUAAAUCAAUCAAUUUAUUCAAAAGUUUAAUCACCAUUUUAAUCAAUCAAUUGGAAAAUCCCCAGAUUAGAAAAUUUAAUCACAUUAAAUUCAUAGCGAGUCGAAUCUGAAGAAAAGAGGGAAAAGAAGGGGAAAAAUUAUAAAAGAAUUGAUUGAUUGAUUGAUCGAUCGAAUGGUGAAGAGCUUGUGGGGGAGAUGGAUGGAAGAUUGUUAUUGUUGUGGAAGAAUAAGAAGAACAAUAAUGAGAGUGAAUGAAGAACAAGAAGAGAGGAGAGUAAAGAAGAAGAAUCAUCUAAAUAAAUUGUUGAGAAAUCAUAGGAGAGGAUGCAGCUGCAUUUAUCCCCGAGCAUGAGAAGUAUAACAAUAUCGAGCAGCAAUAACAAUGGAUUCGUUGACUCAAUGAAGAUCAAAGUUGCAGCUCGUCACUUCUCAUAUCGCCACCUUUUUUACCUCAUUUUAUUCUGCGCUUGUUUCUUGCCUUUUGUCUUCAUCCUCACCGCUUAUGCUACCCUUGAAGGUGUCAACAAGUGUUCUUCGUUUGAUUGUUUAGGUAGGCGUUUUGGUCCCAGACUCCUAGGUAGAGAUGAUUCUGAGGUGCUGGUUAGAGACUUUCACAAAAUUCUACAUGAAGUUAAUUGUGAAGAGAUACCUCCCGAUCUAAAGCUUCCAGAAUCAUUUAAUCAGCUCGUGUCUGAUAUGAAGAGCAACCAAUAUGAUGCAAAAACUUUUGGUUUUAUCUUGAAAGGAACGAUGGAGAAACUUGAAAGAGAAAUUAGGGAAGCCAAGUUUGCAGAGCUGAUGAACAAACACUUUGCUGCUAGUUCAAUUCCCAAAGGCAUCCAUUGUUUGUCUUUGCGUUUGACAGAUGAAUACUCUUCUAAUGCUCAUGCUCGGAAACAGUUGCCUCCUCCGGAGUUGCUCCCUCUGCUUUCUGACAACUCUAUGUACCAUUUUGUUUUGUCCACGGAUAAUAUUCUAGCUGCUUCUGUUGUGGUUAAUUCUGCUGUUCAAUCAUCCUUGAAACCUGAGAAGAUUGUGUUUCAUGUUAUCACUGACAAGAAAACUUAUGCUGGCAUGCAUUCUUGGUUUGCUCUAAACUCCGUUUCACCUGCUAUUGUUGAGGUGAAGGGUGUUCACCAGUUUGAGUGGUUGACACGAGAGAACAUUCCAGUUCUUGAAGCCAUAGAAAGCCAUAACGGAAUCCGGAAUUACUACCAUGGUAAUCAUGUGGCAGGAGCCAACCUCAGUGAGACUACUCCACGAAGUUUUGCUUCAAAAUUACAGGCAAGGAGUCCGAAGUACAUUUCAUUGCUCAACCACAUCCGGAUCUAUUUGCCUGAGUUAUUCCCAAAUCUGGACAAGGUGGUGUUUUUGGAUGAUGAUGUGGUAAUUCAGCGUGAUCUGGCUCCUCUUUGGGAUAUUGACCUUGAGGGGAAGGUGAAUGGAGCUGUAGAGACAUGUAUAGGUGAGGACAAAUGGGUGAUGUCCAAGAGAUUUAGAAAUUAUUUCAAUUUCUCCCAUCCUCUCAUUGCACAGCAUUUGAAUCCUGAUGAAUGCGCAUGGGCUUAUGGGAUGAACAUAUUUGAUCUACGUGCAUGGAGAAGGGCAAACAUUAGGGACACUUAUCAUUCCUGGCUUAAGGAGAACUUGAACGCAAACCUUACCAUGUGGAAACUCGGAACUUUGCCUCCAGCCUUGAUUGCAUUCAAGGGCCAUGUUCACCCUAUCGACCCGUCUUGGCAUAUGCUUGGUUUGGGCUACCAGAAUAAGACAAAUCUUGAAAGCGUGAAGAAAGCGGCGGUUAUUCAUUACAAUGGUCAGUCAAAACCUUGGCUUCCAAUUGGCUUUGAUCAUCUCCGAUCAUUUUGGACCAAAUAUGUCAAUUAUUCUAACGAUUUUAUCAGAAAUUGUCAUAUAUUGGAGACAUAGCCAUCAGUAUACUACAUUAGUUGCGAGAGGAAAAGAGGCAGGAUAAGAAAGCAUAAUUGGUGCCCUGCUUCUGGUUUACUAUUUUCCUAAUGACUAGAAAAGCUGUUAAAAUUGAAGUGAGGGGCAUCAUUGAAUUUUCCAGAGGUAUUUGAUGUUUAGGCUCGCAAAUGGCUUCCCAAAUUAAAUGAGGUGGUUUGGUGUACGAGAUUGAUAGCAAGGCUCGAGAUUCAUUUUUUCCAUAUGUAUAAUAUCUACUCUUUGAUUCUUUUUGGUUGAGAAAGGACAGUAAUGCUCUUUCUGUGGGCUUCGCACGUGUUCUGGGAUAUAUAGUUCAAAUAAAAUGGAAGAUACCAUACUACAACAGCAACAGAAAUAUUGCCCUUCCUGAAUUUUUGUAGCUCAGUGCAUCAAUUAGAAGGCCAUGCUGGACUUCCGAUUAGCUCUCCGGGGAUGGUCCCUCAUCUGCUCAAGAAAAAGAUUGGGAUAUAGUUUAAUUCUUUUCUCUUUCAAUAUCAUUUUUUUGUCCUUGUUUCUAUUUACUAGAUUUUCAAUUUUAAUUUUUGGCUAGGGUAAGAUUUGUUUUCUGCUACAGGUACCUUGUAGUUGGGAAUUAUUGGUACGUAGAUCAUAUUAUUUUUUCUUGUACGAUUCUUGGGUUAUCUAAAUGUGCAGGAAUUUCUUUCAUAAAGUACCACAUUUCACAUACGACAGUGAUUAGUUAUUUCCAUUACAAGUACUGUUUUGUUGUUUCACAAACGGGGUUUAUUUUUAGUGCAGCUCAUUGUUAAUUGUGAAGUUUUGUGGGUAGAUUUUGAGUAUGUUCAACAUAUUUAACCGUAUAGGGCCGCAAAAAAUUUAAAGCCUCAAUAUUGAAUUUCAAGGUAUAUCAUAUAUGUUAUGCGUUUUAGAUACAAAGUUAGAAAAUAUCCUAAUUUUUGA